AUGUCAAUUACCUUGGACAUAAAACUUAAACGAGUGGAUAAAGUUUAUCAUGAAGGGGAUAACAUCACAGGGGUUAUUGUGGUGACGUCAAAUUCCGAUUUUUUUAAGCAUGAAGGAAUUACUUUAACAGCAGAAGGUUCAGUAAAUUUACAAAUAAGUUCCAAGAAUGUAGGGAUUAUAGAGGCAUUUUACAACUCGAUAAAACCUAUACAAUUGCUGUCAAUAACUUGUGAUGUAACUGGUAGUGGUAAAUUGCCAGCUGGCACAACUCAAAUUCCAUUUGAAAUACCUUUAAAAGCAAAAGCUAAUCAAUAUUUGUACGAAACCUAUCAUGGUGUUUAUGUAAAUAUUAGCUAUGCUUUAAGGUGUGAUGUAAAAAGAUCAUUUUUAUCAAAAGAUUUACAAAAGCAACAGCAAUUUUUAAUUCAAUAUAAACCUGGUAAAAAUCCAAAUCCCCAAAUAAUUACUGAUGAUUCCAGAAGGAUUACAUUUGAUCUCAGUCCUGCAUCCCUUGCAUCUGGAGGAAAUGGGGCACCAGAUUUCUUAUUAAAUGGAGAGUUUGAAACUAAUUGUUGCAAUAUUACCAAGCCUUUCAAAGGUUUUCUUUCUUUGAUAAAAUGUGCAGUUCCUAUAAGGUCCAUAGAACUACAGUUGGUAAGAGUAGAAACUUGUGGAUGUGCUGAAGGAUAUGCAAGGGAAGCCACUGAAAUCCAAAACAUACAAAUAGGAGAUGGAGAUGUCUCACAAAAAAUUAAUAUUCCUAUUUAUAUGAUAUUUCCUAGGUUAUUUACCUGCCCCACAUUAAUCACAAAGAAUUUUAAAAUCGAAUUUGAAGUCAAUAUAGUGAUAGUUUUUCAAGAUGACCAUCUUGUAACAAACAAUUUCCCCAUAAUUUUGGUCAGGGAAUGA